ACGAACAUUUGACAUUUUCUCCUACUCGGAAACACUUAAGUCGAGGGACAAAAUCACAGUACAAGAAUGCAAUGUCUGAACAAAUUCUUAAUCUCAACAACUCUCUUUUCCCUGAAUAAUUCACCGAAUUCGCGGAACAAGCCUCCAAUUUUUCAACCCAGGAUUACAACCCGCAAAAAUUAUCACAGGCCAGAAGCUUAUGAUGACAAUGACAGUGAAAUUGCGUCGAAGAAGAGGAUCCUUUUGCCGCCAAAUGUGAAAACUAUUACAAGCACGUCAAACCCAUUUGUAAAACACUGUGUCAAGCUCCGCCAGAGCUCCUCUUAUCGCCAUUUUCAUGGCUUAGUUCUUGUUGUUGGCACUACACCUAUAAGGGAAAUAUACAACUUCCAUAAAGCAUGGUCCAAUAGGCCUAUAAUCGAGUGCUUAUUUGUACUUGAUAACUGUCGUAUACCUGAAGAAAUAGAGAAUAAGGCUGUUCGUGUUGUUCAUGUUAAUUUAGAGGUAAUAAGAAAAAUUUCUGGUGUCCAGUCCGUUGAUUCUGUUGAAGUCAUUGCCUUGGUGAGAAUUCCUUCAACAUUUCACAUUGUCAGCAACAACCUGCGUGCAGAAGAUUGCCAUACAUUCUUCUCAUUCCCACAGCGGAUUCUUGUUCUUGAUAGAAUCCAGGAUCCUGGCAACCUUGGCACACUAGUUAGAUCAGCUACGGCAUUUAGAUGGGAUGGGGUCUUUCUGCUUCCUGGUUGUUGUGAUCCUUUCAACGACAAAGCCCUCAGAGCUUGUCGAGGGGCCUGCUUUCAGAUUCCAAUAGUUUCUGGUAACUGGAAACACAUUGAUACUCUCAGACAAGAAUUCCAAUUGAAAAUGUUAGCUGGCCAUCCUGCAAUGACUGAUGACCCAAAUCCAGUGAUAAGCCUUUCUAAAGAUUUUGCAGAUUCUGUAGCAGAUUCGCCUCUGUGCUUGGUUUUAGGCAGUGAAGGAGAGGGUCUUUCUGAUUUCAGUCGGAACGCUUGUGAGCUUGUGACCAUUCCAAUGGCCGGAGAAUUUGAGUCUUUGAAUGUUUCUGUAGCUGGUGGUAUUUUCAUGUAUAUGUUGCAGCAUGAGAACAAUAAACCGGUUUGACUUACUAAUAAUUCAAUUCUUUUGUGGUAUUUGUUAUUUCACCUCUCUUUCUUUUGGUAACUCAAAUCGGGUUUAGUCUUAUCUGAACCAGUUAGAUGACAAAGUGCAAUAUACUUGUCGUGUGAUUGGUAUACAGGUCAGGGAGAGCGACCA